AUGGCGGAGAUCCUUUCUGAUUUCGCCGGCAGGUGCUUGAGCAAACUACUAAGUUUUGUCGAGGGCGAGGCGACCAAGAUCCUCGGCGUCAAGCACGACCUCAAGAAGCUCCAAUGGAGGCUGCUGCGAGUUCGAGGCGUCCUCGAGGACGCCGAGAAGAAGCGGCACGGGAGCGCAGAGAUCAACGCUUGGGUGAGGGAGAUGAAAGACAUCAUGUACGAUGUUGAAGACUUACUCGAUCUCUGCAAGACCAAGGCUGAGAACCUGUGGGUAAGCCAUUAUUCACCACUCCCGUCUGCUUCUGACUUUUCUUGCCUUCCACUUGCUCGCCAGAUUGCCAACAAGGUGAGGGAAGUCAACGAUAGGCUAGAUGAUAUCUCAGAGGACAGACAUGUGAUGUCUCGGUUGCAUGAAAUCGAACCCUCUAUUCAAGAGAGUGGCAUCAACACUCGUGAUACCUCACCUUUACUCAUCCAGUCUGACAUUGUCGGAACUCAAAUUAAAGAGGUUUCUGAGAGCCUUGUGAAAUCCCUGAUAACAGAAAGAGAUGAGGGAUGGAAGAUUUUUGGCAUUGUAGGGAUGGGUGGGAUUGGCAAGACCACGCUUGCUCGUAAUGUCUACAACGACAGCAGGAUCCAUGACUUCUUUCCUAUGAAAACUUGGCUUUGUGUUUCCAAAAGAUUUUCGGGCAACGAGUUGCUGAAAGAACUAAUUAGAAGUUUUGGGGGAGAUCAUGGAGAGGCUAGAAGCAAGGCUGAAUUGGAACUUAAACUUUCUCAUCUCUUACCAAAGAAGUUCCUCAUUGUGUUAGAUGAUCUGUGGAAUGCAAACGUGUGGGAGGACCUACUGAGAGCUCCUUUUAAAUGUUCUUCUGGUGGAAUCUUGAUGACGACAAGGGAUGAAAGGGUGGCGAGACAAAUGGGAGCCAGUAUUCAUUGCGUUGAGAAGAUGGAUAAGGUCACUAGUUGGAUGUUGCUUUCUACACUGGUCUCUAGAGACGGAGAAGAUGAGGAGGUGUGCAAACUAAAAGCAAUUGGGGGAGAAAUUGUCAAGAAAUGUGACGGUCUUCCUCUUGCCAUUAAGACAGUUGCUGGUGUUUUGAGGUCCAAGGAAAGAUGCGAGAAAGAAUGGAACAAAGUUGUUGAAAGUGAAAUAUGGUCAAUGAAUCAGUUACAAGAAGAACUGCCAAGAGCUCUAUACUUGAGUUACGAGGAUUUACCAUCACACCUCAAGCAAUGCUUUCUCUUUUGCUCGUUGUAUCCUGAAAAUCACAUAAUGCAUUAUCAAGAUCUUACUAGGUUUUGGAUCGCCGAAGGAUUUGUGAAACCACAGGGAGAUAGACUGUUGGAAGAUUUAGCCGAGGGCUACUAUGAAGAAUUGCUUGGCACCACCCUUCUUAAACAUUUGUUUCUGAAUUGGCUGCCACCUUGUGUGGAGGCUGAUCUCACGCGGUGUGGGAACCAGGUAGCAGAGGCUCUUGCCAAGGGUUUUAGUGGGCUUUUUCCUCCUUCAAGCCUAGAAUGUUUUCCAGAGGAAGAGUACCAUAGGAAUGUGAGGCUCUUUAAUGAGCUUUCUCUGCCAUCAAGCCUAGAGUUACUUUCAAUCUACCAUUUUCUUGGUCAGGAAUUGCCAAAAUGCAUGGACAGAUGCAUGCCAAUGUCUUUCCCCAAUCUGCAAUUUCUCUUCCUUCAUUGUUUCAUAUCGUGUACACAGCUUCCUGUACUCGGCCAGUUACCCCAGUUGAAGUUUCUUUCCAUAGCAAGAGCGGAAGCGAUAGUUGCCAUUGGACCGGAACUUCUCUGCGGCCAGUCACCAUCGACCACACUAGCAGCAUUCCCCAAACUUGAAUAUCUGGUAUUCUCGAUAAUGCCCAACUGGGAACAAUGGUCGUUCGGUGAGACUAAGACUGCAAUAGCACAUGAGCUGAAACUAUUGCCUUCUCUGAAACGACUGCUUCUCAUAGACUGCCCAAAGCUGAAAGCUCUUCCUGAUGGUCUGCAUCACGCAACCAACCUACAGGAAUUGUGGAUCAAUGGUGCGCAUGAGCUAGGGGCUGUGAAGAACCUCCCAUCCUUGACUACUGAGCUUUUCCUCGAGGACAACAAGAAACUGGAAAAAGUCUCCAACCUUCCCAUGUUGAAAUCACUGAUCGUUGGAUCUUGCCCGUUGCUGAAACAAGUGGAUAGUUUGAGUGCAUUAGAAAUGCUUGAACUACGACAUAAUUCUUCCUGGAGACUACCGGAAUCAUGGUGGAACCCAUCAUUGCGGCACCUCAGCCUUGAUUCCCAAGAAGGUCCCCUCCCAGUUUGGCUACCGGAACUGCUUGAGCAGCGCAUGAAGGGUUAUGCUGCAUCAGGUGUGCUGCUUGUCAAGUGCAGCUUGUCACUGCUUCGUAGAUGCUGCAAGGACGGCCCUUACUGGCAUACCAUUCAACAGUUGCCCGGAGUGAUGAUGAAAUCUAAAGAAAGCAGUGCCUACAUGACGUAUACCAAAAAUCCAUUCAAGUAUGAGAGUAAUGCAUCAUUCCGUUGUUAA